UGGAAGCAUUAUUGGAGUAUACACGGACGAUAGUGCUGAGGAAUAUUGCUUUUAUCUGGCUAUGGCCGUUGGAAGUGUCUUUGAGAAACCAGAUGAUGGUACUGAUGAUUGGGAACAGACGGUCCCAAGGGGUGCACUUGUUGUACAAGCACUCUACUAUAAACUAGACCAACAGGACCCAUAUACAUACACUGUAAUUAAGGAGAGACGCGCAACGCUACCGUAUGGUAGCGUUGUUUACAUUCUGCCAAUAUGUGAUCAAACUAAAGUAACCGAAUCAAAAUUUUCUCAUGAUGACAUUAUUGGAAUAAUUGAUGAUAUGUCCCUUGUAAUGAGUGAUAAUGAAUCAAGUGAUAGCUUCAGUGAGACAGAGAGUGAGGGGCCACCUGACUUUAUAACACAAUAG